CCAGGGUAGAGUGCAAUACCCUGUUUCCCAUCCCCCUCUCCUCCUUCCCCAUCUGCAGGUGCAUGCCGGGAUGCAGCACUACGGGGUGAACGGCUACUCGCUGCACGCCAUGAACUCUCUCAGUGCCAUGUACAACCUGCACCAGCAGGCGGCCCAGCAGGCCCAGCACGCCCCGGACUACCGGCCCUCGGUGCAUGCACUUACCCUGGCCGAGCGCCUGGCUGGCUGUACAUUUCAAGACAUCAUCUUGGAGGCCCGCUAUGGCUCCCAGCACCGCAAACAGCGCCGCAGCCGCACAGCGUUCACCGCUCAGCAGCUUGAGGCCCUGGAAAAGACCUUCCAGAAGACCCACUACCCGGAUGUGGUGAUGCGUGAGAGGCUGGCCAUGUGCACCAACCUGCCGGAGGCCCGGGUGCAGGUGUGGUUCAAGAACCGCAGGGCCAAGUUCCGGAAGAAGCAGCGCAGCCUGCAGAAAGAGCAGCUCCAGAAGCAGAAGGAGGCCGAGGGCUCCCAAGGGGAAGGCAAGACAGAGGCCCCAACCCCAGAUACCCAGCUGGAGACUGAACAGCCCCCAAGCCUGCCCAGUGGUGACCCCCCUGCCGAGCUUCACCUGAGCCUGUCUGAGCAGUCGGCCAGUGAGUCAGCCCCUGAGGACCAGCCAGACCGGGAGGAGGAUCCCCGGGCAGGGGCCGGGGAUCCCAAAGCUGAGAAGAGCCCUGGGGCUGAGAGCAAGGGGCUGGGCUGCAAGAGGGGCAGCCCCAAGGCAGAUUCCCCAGGCAGCCUGGCCCUGGCUCCUGCAGCCCCCGGGGGCGGCCUCCUGGGCCCCUCCCGCUCUUACUCCUCCUCCCCGCUGAGCCUCUUCCGUCUGCAGGAGCAAUUCCGCCAGCACAUGGCGGCCACCAACAACCUCGUGCAUUACUCAUCCUUCGAAGUCGGGGGCCCGGCCCCUGCUGCUGCUGCGGCUGCUGCCGCCGUGCCCUACCUGGGCGUUAACAUGGCCCCCCUGGGCUCACUACACUGCCAGUCCUACUACCAGUCCCUGUCAGCAGCCGCUGCUGCCCACCAGGGCGUGUGGGGGUCCCCACUGCUGCCCGCGCCCCCGGCCGGCCUGGCACCUGCCUCGGCUGCCCUGAACAGUAAAACCACGAGCAUCGAGAACCUGCGGCUUCGGGCCAAGCAGCACGCGGCCUCUCUGGGACUCGAUACGCUGCCCAACUGACUGCUGGCCUCCAACCCAGCCAGGGGUCUUGAGUGCCCCCUCCCAGCCCCAGGGUUAUCCCCAGAUGGCUUGCAAGGAGUUAACUCUAUGAGCCCAGGGAUCCCGGGGCCUUGGAGUCCUGCUCCCUGUCCCCCUCCCCAAGUCCCCGCCCGAGGUGAAGCCCACACUUGCACACCCUCUGCAUGGCCCUGCUUGGAUCCCGUGGAGGCCAAAUUGGGCGGGGGGAGGCGAGGCCAGGGCGCCUGCCGCCUCCUGCAGGGGAGUGAGGCCCUCAUGGCCAGAUCCUCACCCCAGCCCGGUCUCCUGC